AACAAGUAACAAGCACAUGUGGUUAACUGACAUACUUGUUAAUAAUAUAACUUUGUUUAUAAAUAAUAAAUUGUUGUAGUUUUUUUAUAAUUUGUUUUUUUGUUAAUUAAAAUUUUUCGAAAAUGAAUACUGUGAAAAAAAAGUAUAAUUGGAAAGCACGAUCAACACCAAAAAUUGAAAUUGACAAUUCACAAACUAAAAACAUUGUUGUUGAAUUUGAUAAUCCAAAAGAACAUUAUGACAAUUGUAAUGCAUUGGUACUUCCUGAUCGUAAAAGACAAACAAUAAAUAGGGACAAAAAAAAAUCAACUGUUAAAUUAUUAUCAAAAAAACGUAGGAAAGUAUUGGAAAAAGUUUUAGAAAAAAAAAAGAAAAAAUUUAACAGAGUAGGAUUACUUGAAAAUUUACAAAAAGUACAAAUUCCAGCUGAAGAAUUAAAAAAUUAUGUAUCAUUAACAACAAUUCAAACAAAAGGAUUAAAACGUCAUUUGCGUGAUGAAGAACGUGCUGAAUCUAAAGUUGAAAAUUUUGUAGAUAAUAAUGGUGAUGAUGAUGAUGAUGAUGAUGAUGAUGAAGAAUCAGCUAUUGAUGCAAUUAAAGGAAAUAAAAGAGCUCGUCUUUCAUUAUUAAAUGAUAAAUCAGCAAUUAAAAAAGCUGCAUUGUCUGAUCCAAAUAUUGUUGGAUUUGAAGAGUCAAGUGAUGAUGACAGUUUAUCAAGUGAUAAUGAUGAUGAUAAUGAUGAUGAAGUUGAUGAGGUUGAUGAUGAAAAAGAACAAAUAAAUUCAACUCCAUCAUUACCAUCACCACCACCAACACCACCACCAGUAGUAGUAGUAAAAGAAAAAAUAAUUCCAAUUGUAGAAAUAAAAAAAGAAGAAAUACCAAGAAUACCAGCAGUAUUUGUUGCAUUAGAUCGUAAACCAGAAAUUCAAAUGGCAAGAUUAAAACUUCCAAUACUUCGUGAAGAACAAACAAUUGUUGAAACAAUAAAUGAAAAUUCAGUAAUAAUAAUAACUGGUGAAACUGGAAGUGGUAAAACAACUCAAAUACCACAAUUUUUAUAUGAAGCUGGUUAUGCAAAAAAUAAAUUAAUUGGAAUAACUGAACCAAGACGUGUUGCUGCAAUGUCAAUGAGUAAACGUGUUGCUGAAGAAAUGAAUUUACCAAAUAGUCAAGUAUCAUAUUUAAUACGUUUUGAGGGUAAUACAACAAAUGAUACAAAAAUUAAAUUUAUGACUGAUGGUGUAUUGUUAAAAGAAUUACAAAAUGAUUUUUAUUUAUCAAAAUAUUCAGUUAUAAUAUUAGAUGAAGCACAUGAAAGAAGUGUUUAUACUGAUAUACUUAUUGGUUUUCUUUCACGUAUUGUUGAACGACGUACUGCUAUGAAUGAUCCAUUAAAAGUUAUUAUUAUGUCAGCAACAUUACGUGUUGAAGAUUUUCUUGAUAAUAGAAGAUUAUUUAAAAUUAAACCACCAUUAAUUACUGUUGAAUCACGUCAGCAUAAUGUACAAAUUCAUCAUAAUCGUAAAACAAGUCAAAAUUAUGUACUUGAUAGUUUAAAAAAAAUUGUUAAAAUACAUAAAAAUUUACCAGAAGGUGGUAUUCUUGUAUUUUUAACUGGUCAACAUGAAGUUAAUUCUGUUGUUGAAAAAUUACGUAAAUAUUUUCCUUAUAAUGAAAAUAAAAAAUUAAAAAAACAAGCUAAAAAUGUUGCUGUUGUUGAUGAAGAGGCUGAUAAUAAUGAUGAUGAUGAUGAUGAUGAUGAAAUGUGUAUAUUUAAAAAAUUAAAAAGAAAAAAAAAACAAAUUCAAAUGCCAAAUAUAAAUUUGGAUGAUUAUUCAGCAACACCAACUGAUGAUACACAAGAUGAUUUAUUUGAUAUAAAUGAUAGUGAUAAUGAGGAAGAUGAAGAAGAUGAAGAAUUAUUAAUGGAUUUAGAAAAUUCAACAGCUGGACCACUUUGGGUAUUACCACUUUAUUCAUUAUUACCAUCAAAUAAACAAGCUGAAGUAUUUAAACCAGUUCCUGAUGGUUGUAGACUUUGUGUUGUAUCAACAAAUAUUGCUGAAACAUCAUUGACAAUACCAAAUAUAAAAUAUGUUGUUGAUAGUGGACGUUGUAAAAAAAGAUUGUAUGAAAAAAUAACUGGUGUUAGUAAAUAUGAAAUAUCAUAUAUUAGUAAAGCAGCAGCAAAUCAACGUGCUGGUAGAGCUGGUAGAACAAGAGAUGGUCAUUGUUAUAGGCUAUAUUCAUCAGCAGUAUUUAAUGAUCAAUUUGAAUUAUAUUCAGAGCCGGAAAUAUGUCGUAAACCAGUUGAUGAUUUAUUAUUACAAAUGAAAGUUAUGAAUAUAUCUAAAGUUAUUAAUUUUCCAUUUCCAUCAUCACCAGAUAUUGUACAAUUAAAAACUGCUGAAAAAAAAUUAUGUUUACUUGGUGCACUUGAAUUACCAAUUGCUCAUAAAAGAGAAAAUUAUAAUUCAAAAGUAACACAACUUGGUAAAAGUAUAUCAGUAUUUCCAGUAACACCACGUUAUGGUAAAAUGUUAUCAAUAUCACAUCAAUAUAAUUUAAUUGGUUAUACAAUUUGUAUGGUAUCAGCAUUAUCAGUACAAGAAUUAUUAAUUGAAGGACUUGGAAUUGAUGGUAAAUCAAAAAUUAAAUGGUUAAAAACACGUAGAAUGUGGGCUGGUAAUGGUAAUAGUUUAUUACUUGGUGAUCCAAUGGUACUUAUUAAAGCAAUUGGUGCUGCUGAAUAUGAAUAUCAAAAAGGUAAAAUUGAUAAUUUUUGUACAAGACAUGGUUUACGUACAAAAGCUGUUGUUGAAAUUCGUAAAUUACGUCAACAAUUAACAAAUGAUAUAACUUUAAAUAUACCAAAUUUAGAAUUAAUUGUUGAUCCAAAUAUGUUACCACCAAAUGAUGAACAAUCAUUAUUAUUACGUCAAAUAAUACUUGCUGGUAUGGUUGAUCAUGUUGCUAAAAAAAUUAAACGUGAUGAAAUUAAAGAUGAUCAAGAUAAAGAUAAAUAUAAAUAUGCAUAUAAAACAAUUGAAAUGGAAGAUCCAGUUUAUAUGCAUUCAUCUUGUGUUUUGAAAAAAACAUUACCUGAAUGGAUUGUUUAUCAAGAAGUUUAUGAAACUAAUAAAAUGUAUAUUAGAGGUAUCACAGCAAUUGAACCAGAAUGGUUACCAAAAUUUGUACCAUCAUUGUGUCAUUUAAGUGAACCACUUGUUGAUCCACCACCAAGAUAUGAUGAUGAUACUGGAAAAAUAAUAUGUCAUAUGACUGGUACAUUUGGACGUGCUGCAUGGGAAUUACCACCAAUGGAACUUGAGCAUCCAUCAAAUAUUGAUGGUGUUAAAUUAUUUGCUAAAUUUUUACUUAAUGGACAAGUAUUUACGAAAUUACAAAAAUUUGUACCAAUUUUAAUAUCAGAGGGUGAUGUUAUGAUCAAACCAUGGGCGAAAACUGUUCCUAGAGUUGAUUUUAUGGCAAAACAAUUAUUAUCACAAGGAGUUAUGACAAGAGAUAAAUUAAUUGAAGUAUGGAAAAGAGAUGAUAAAUUUUUAUUGAGUGCUUAUCAAAAAUGGAUUCCUGAAUCAGCACACAAACAAGUUUCUAAACUCUGGCCACCAAUGUAGUUGAUUAUUAUUUUACAUAUUUUGUAAAUAACAC